UAACAAGCGUCUGGUGAUCUCGAUAAGAGAAAAAGGAAAAAACUGAGAAAAUUCCAGAACUUGGCAAAAGAAUGACAGACACAGAAUUAAAAGAACAGGGGAACAGAUUUUUCACGGCCAGAAAAUAUGAUGAAGCCAUUGGAUGCUAUUCAAAAGCCAUUAUCAAGAAUCCAUAUACAGCCACCUACUUUACAAACAGAGCCUUGUGCUACCUAAAACAGAAACAUUGGGAGAACGCUAUACUGGACUGUCGGCGUGCCUUGGAGCUCGAUAAGACACUUGUCAAGGGACAUUACUUCAUGGGACUUGCACUUAAUGAGCAGAAUCACCACGAUGAAGCUAUUGCAAGUUUAAAACGAGCAAAUGAUUUAGCAAAAGAGUCAAAGAAGAAUUUUGGAGAUGAUAUAACAUGUGCUUUAAGACAUGCAAAGAGAAAACGGUGGAGCCAGCUAGAGGACAAACGUAUACAGCAAGAAAUAGACUUACAGUCAUAUAUAAACAGAUUGAUCAGGGAAGAUGUUGAGAGAAGAAAAGACAAGCUGUUAGAGGAAGCACAGAAUGACCAGAUGACAGACACAGACUGUGAUCAAGAUAUAAGGCAACUUGAGGAAGAGCAGGAUAAGCGUACAGCUGAAGUGAAUGAAUUAUUUGGUCAGGUUGAUGAAAAGAGACAGAGACGUGAUGUGCCUGACUGUAUGUGUGGAAGAAUCAGUUUUGAGUUAAUGCGAGACCCUGUGAUAACCCCUAGUGGAAUUACCUACGACAAAAAAGACAUUCUUGAACAUUUACAGAGAGUUGGUCAUUUUGAUCCAGUGACUAGAACUGACUUGAAUCAAAAUCAGUUAAUUCCUAAUUUAGCUAUGAAAGAAGUUAUAGAACAUUAUCUGGAGGAAAAUCCGUGGGCCGAGGAAUUCUGAGUGGAAACUUGGAUGUGGACUGAAGAAUUCUGAGUGGAAACUUGUGUAUGUGCCGAGGAAUUCUGAAUGGGAAUUUGGGCAGAUAAGUUUUACAGUUUCAGCAGAAAACAAUUUCAUAAGAGAGAGGCUUGGAAGAGUUUCCAGCAGUGUGUGAAAAAACAACAGAGAAAUGGAUACAGUGAUUAUUAAUUUUCAGUUUCCGUAUUCACUAAGUUCUGUGAUUUUAAGGAAUUUAUUUAAAUAAAUCUUGAAAAAAAGCUAUCCAGUAGUGAAAUAAAAAUGCACAUGUUGUAUUCUGCGUGAUACCUGGGUGAAAAUAAAGAUAUGUUCUGUUCUGUUCUGUUCUGCAAGAGUAAAGACUGAGUCAGUAGUGAAAAUGAUGCUAGCACUAUUCAGAUUAAAAGUUCAAUGAACUAUUAAAAGUAUUGAACAGGUUUGUCUUGAAUUGCAGCUUUUUUUUGCAGGAUCCAGAUGUAACCUGUUCAUGACUCAUAAGGGUCUUCAGUCUGGUUGUAGGAUCUUUUUGAAUUCUUAAGAUAUUUUUAAUAAUGUCCGUUUUAUAGCCAAAAAUGUAUUUUUCCCUAAUGAAAAAAUUCAAACUUUUUUUUUGAAAUUUUACAUAAACAUGGAAAUGUAAAAUGGAAAGAAAUGAUAAAAGUUUUGUAAUAAUCGAUCCACAGUUAAAUUAAAAUUGAAUUUAAAAAAUAUUUGGGGUUGAUAAUGGCUGAAAUUUACAAUUAGAAAAAAAUAACAUGUUGUGAAAAAAGGUUGAUCUGACAGUGUGUAGAAUGCAUAAGUGAUUGUAAAGAAAUCUAAGUUAGAAAUAUGCCUGAUUGGGGCUGACUUAAAAGAGAAUUCUCCACUAAUGUUGUUAUAAAAUCAAUCUGUUUGCUAUAUUUGAGAAAAAACAGCAUUUUUAUUUCAGUACUGUAUUGUGUAGGUUAAAAUAAUCUCUUCUAUUAGAAUGAAAUUCUACUGGAGUCUAUAUCUCAGAACUAUUUUCUGUGUAAUAAAGGUGCAGAGUAGGUAUUAUUUCAGGGGAAUGUGUUGUUUAAACUCCCUCUACACAAAACUCCUCUCACUGGUUUCUGAAGAAGUAGACAGUACCCUCCAGCUGAUUUUUAAGGUAGUACAAAAACAUUUGUGAUGAAACUUCAGACUGGACGAAACCCCUUUUGUGAACAAAUUCCCUACCAUGUUUUGAACAGGUAGGACAAAACCCCUUCCAAUGUGCUAUAGAAAUGUCAUUUGUUGGAAGUGUUAUGUCUGCAUAUUUAGAAUUACAGGUGUGAUGAAAUUAUUUUGCCUGCAUUGAAGAUUUUUGUCCAACCUGUUUAAAAAGCUGGAGGGGGUUUGCCCACAUUAUCAGACAUCAGCAGAAGUGGUUUUGUCUUGCCCUCUCUUGGUGAAAAUCUAUUUACAGAAAUACAUAAACAAGCAUUGGAAUGAUUUAAGGUCUGGUUUUUUUUUUAAUAUUUAUCAACAUUUUGUUUAUUUAAUAUUUUUUAGUAACGUGAUAAUGCAUGGUACUUCAGGCAUGUGUAUUUCUGCCAAUUUGCUCAUGCAGAAUUGAGACUUGUGGACUUGACAAAAACCACAGUAGUUGUUAGUUCCUUAUCACAAUCAACUUAUUCAUUAUUCCAUUUAUCUUAUACCUCAUGUUUGUUGCUUAGGCCUAAAAAGUCUGUGUUUAGGGCAACAGUCUCAAAAGGGAUAGGUAGGAUUGAAAUUUGAGCUUUUUCUGCUUUGUUUUCAGUCUUGUUUAAUUAGGAAACCAGUUGGGGAUCCUUAAGAUGAAGUAUUACAUGUUUAAAUAUAUUAUUAUUAUUAUAUAUAACUCUCAUAUGUCCCCUUGUUCCUGCAGUAAUGUGUAUUUAGAUAUAUUCAUAUAACAAUGAUUACACUAGGGUACAAUUAAAUGUAAAAGUAUGCAGGUUAUUGUCAAGCUCAGUCAAAAGUCCUUACCACCCUGUUUAAGUCAAUUUACUUGAAAUUAGACAUAUUGCAACUAGACUUUAGUCAAACUUUAUAUAAAAUCAAUCCAUUCCUAUGUACGUACGUCUCAUUAUGUGGAAGUAUUCACUAUACAGAGUGAGGUUGCCCAAAACAAAGAAGUUUAAAAAAAAAAAGCCCGAGUUAUUGUUUCCACUUUAUCACCAGCACUGGCUUUGGUUAAGAUUUUUACCUAUGUCCACUUUUUCUUGAAACUUAUAAACUUUGCACACUUGUUUAUCAUCAUUAGGGGUGAGUAAGAAGGCCAAGGUUCAUAACUAUCACAUGCAUUUUGUCUAAAUAAUGGCUAUUUUUGUGCUAAGAAAAUUGAAAUGUUUUGGUUAAACUUUUUGUAAUGUCCAUUUUCAAAGAAUACUGCAAGAGCAAUAGCUUUGAAACUUUGCAGACUUGUUUAUCAUCUUUGGAUUACUAUUUUGAUCAAAAGCUGUAACUCUCACAUUUUUACAUACUUAAAAAGUUGGAAUUUCUUGGUUAAAAUUUUUGUUAAGGUCCACUUCUCUUUUAAUACUGUUAAGUUUUGUACAUGGUUUACUAUAGUGAUACCCCAUGUCUGUUGUUUUUAUCUGUUGCACCUCAGUGUCAACAAUUUUACUCUUCAUAUUCUAGAGUUCAUAAUUUUUGCCUUUUGCCCAGUCUAGACGAAACUUUGUCAGAAUAUUUUCCCUCAGUAAAAUUUUGGAUGAUAUUGAAAGUGGGUCAUCAGAGAUCACAAAAUAUGUCAGUAGGUCAGAUCAUAGAAAAAUCUUGUUAACACUGUAAAGGCUACAUUUUCUAUCUGAUCUUCAUAAAACUUUGUCAGAAUAUCGUUCUGUCCCUAUGAAAUCUAGGUAAAGUUCAGAAUUGGAUUAACUGUGGUCAGUACUAGGCACCUAUGUCAAUUCAUAGAAAAUUUUUGUUAACACUCAAGCAGCUGCAUUUUAUACUUGAUCAUUAUACAUUGUGAUUGUCAGAAUAUUUUUUUCUCUGUGAGAUCUAAGUCAUGUUAAAAACUGCAUUAUCCAAGAUCAGUAAGUAUGUCAAAAUGUCAUACAUUUUUAGCUCACCUGAGCCAAAGGCUCAUGGUGAGCUUCACAAGAAUGAUCCUUGGGUGGUCCCCUUUCAAAAUUAUUCAAAGAAUUUAAUUCCAUGCAGAACUCUGGUUGCCAUGGCAACUGAAAGGAAAAACUUUAAACAUCUUCUUGUCCAAAACCGCAAGGCGUAGAGCCUUGAUAUUUGGCGUCAUCUUAUGGUCCUCUAUCAAGAUUGUUCAAAUUGUGCCCCUGGGGUGAAAAGAGGCCCCGCCCCAGGGGUCACAAGUUUUACAUAGACUUAUAUAGUAAAAAACUUUAAAAAUCUUCUUGUCUAAAACCACAUGACCUAGGUCUUUGAUAUUUUGUAUGUAGCAUUGCCUUGAACUCCGCUACCAAAAUUGUUCAAAUUAUGCCCCUGGGGUGAAAAGAGGCCCUGCCCUGGGGGGUCUCAUGUUUUACAUAUAGACUUAUAUAGGAAAAAAAACUUUAAAAAUCUUUUUGUAUGCCUGAAACUGCAAGGCCUAGGCUUUUGAUUAAGUAUGUUGCCUUUCCUAGUGUUUCUCUUCCAAAGUUGUUCAAAUUAUGUCCCAAGGGUGAAAAGUUUAACAUAGACUUAUAUAGGAAAAAAAUUAAAGAUCUUCUUGUCUGAAAGUUCAAGGCCUAGGCAUUUGAUAUUUGGUAUGUAACAUUGCCUGGUGGAUCUCUUACAAGUUUGUUCAAAUUAUGCCCCUGGGGUGAAAAGAGGCCCCACCCUGGGGGUCACUUGUUAUGAUUAUGAGUUAUAUAGGAAAAAAAAUACUUCAAAAAUUAUCAGGUCAUAUUUCCUAGACUGUUUAAUUAUAAUUAUCUGAUGACCCAAGUGAUUAGGGAUCACUUGACUGUGACCUUGACCUACUGACCUACUUUCUUGUUUUUUAAGAUACAGCCUUGAAAUUUGGAUGACAUGGACAGUUUUGCACACCAGUCUUAAAACUGUCUUUCAGUGACCAUGAAUGUGACCUACUGACAUACUUUCUCAUAUUUUAGCGUCAGUUUUACAUUUGAAACAUGUGGCUCAUAUUACUCAGGUGAGCGAUUCAGGGUCAUCAUGACCCUCUUGUUAAGUAUAUGUACUGAAAUUCUCAUAACCUGAUUUAUAUCCAGUUGAAUCCUUGAAAGAUGUACCUCGGUAUACAUAGCCAUCUUCCUCUGUAGAUAACUCACUCCAGAGCAUUAUAUAUAUAUACACACCAAAUUUCAGUCUUUCAAGUAAUAUAGGGAUUGCAGUAUAUUAAAGUGUUGCAUUACUUGAGACAAGGUUUUAUUUUGUGUAACUUAAGUAAUUGUCUAUGUUUUUAUUAUGUACAUUCUACAGCAUACACUGUUUUGUGAUGAUAUCAUGAAAUAAAGGUUAUAAAUUGUAA